CCAGUUUUCUGACAGUGCCUGUGAAUAUGCCCAGUCACAUGCUUUUGGAAGACAGAAUUCAGACUGGUCUCUGAGUCAUCUCUGGAAGGUUGUGAUUCUACCCCUCCGUGGAGAUCAAGCAGAGCGAUUGAUCCAUUAGAACACAAAAGCUGAGAUGAAAGCCACAAAUAAGACUGUUCUUGCCAUCUACAUCUUCUCCUUCCUGACUGGCUUCCCUUCCAAUCUUUUGGCCGGUUAUGCUUUCCUGAGGAAAGUGCGCCAGAAGCCAACCCCCAUAGACAUCUUCCUGCUCAACUUGACUGUGUCUGACUUAUUCCUUCUGAUCUUCCUUCCCUUCAAAAUGACGGAGGCUGCCAUGGACAUGACUUGGCCUUUCCCUGACUUCCUUUGCCCCCUCACCAACUUCUGUUUCUACAGCAGCAUCUACCUCAGCACCCUUUUCCUCAUGGGGGUCAGUGUGGAGCGCUACCUGUGUGUCGCCCAUCCGGUCAAGCACAAGCUAAAUCGCAGGCCAACCUAUGCAAUAGCAGCCAGCAUCUUAUUCUGGCUACUGGCCUGCUCCCACUGUGCCAGCAUCGUCUAUGUUGUUGAAUACCGCAAUGGGACCCUGGCCAAAUUUGAAGGCACCACAUGUUAUGAGACAUUCUCCCCAGAACAGCUCCGUAUCCUCCUCCCUUUCCGACUAGAACUCUGCCUUCUCCUCUUCUGCCUCCCUCUCAUCAUCACCAUUUUCUGCUAUGUCAACGUGAUACGUAUCCUGACCUCGAUGCCCAACAUCCCACCCCACAAAAAGAAACGGGCAGUGGGUCUGGCGCUGGCCACGUUGCUCAAUUUUGCCAUCGCCUUUGCCCCUUACAACAUCUCCCACAUUGUAGGCUUCAUUCAGAACCAGAGUCCUUCCUGGAGAGUGAAGUCUUUCUUCCUCACUUCCCUGAACACCACUUUGGACCCCAUCAUCUUCUUCUUUUCCUCUACUGCGAUCCGACGAAUGGUUGCCCACUGCUGGCAUGGCACGUGCUGCAAGAUCCGGGCUGUUGUGUCCCCUUGCUGCCCAUGUUGGUGCAAGACCCCUGGAGACAAUGACAAACAAGCAGGAGGUGGCCAAGAAUCUGCUUCAAAUCUCCCCAGCGGAUUGGCAGGGGCUGCUACCCCCACUCCUUUUACGACUCAGCACAGAUUCGGGUCAUCAGAUGACUGAGCAGUCUGGAACAAGCACACCAUACGGAGCAGCACAUUUGAUGCGUAAGCCCACAGGAAACGAAGAACAUUCAAAUAAAAAAAAAAUAUUCAGACCCAUAGUCUGCCAAAUGUCCUGGUUUCCUGACGCAAGUUUGAUUUUGAAAUCAUGAACUCACCAUUCAGAUGAGCAUUUUGAAUUAGAAAUUAAAAUCAUCUUGGAACUUUAGAAACUUGAAUGUUUUUGACUGGCAGGCAUAUCUCAGUUGUUUUCUCAAGCAUCGAGCAUGAGCUAGUGUCUGCCAGUGAUUUUCAAAUGUUCUGCCUAUGGAGAAGGGAUGGAGAAGGAAUCAGUUUUCAAUGUAUUUAUACAUGGAAUUUGGUAGUUCCAACCUGAUUCAACUUUGCCUGUAUCAGACGCUUGCAUUUAGCACACACUUAUGUCUGAGCUGAUCAUGCUUUAUCAGUUUUUUUAAAAGAAACAACCUAACUAUAUGCAAAAUUAUAUUUAAAAACUUAUAUAAACUGUCCAACUCCAUGUAGUGUUAUAUUUCUGCAGCAUGUUUCUUAAGUAUAAACACAUAAGUAUAUUUAUAUAAAAGAAGCCACAGACCUGAAAUUACAAGAUCUGGACAGGGUGGUUCAUGACAGAUGCUCUUGGAGGUCACUGAUUCAUAGGGUCGCCAUAAGUCGUAAUCGACUUGAAGGCACAUAACAACAACAACAAUGCAUUGUUAUAUGUAUUUGUUUAUGUGCUGGUUACUUUAGGAUAUCUGUAGUGAAUAUGCAUAUAAUAAUGUGAGAACUGUUUGCAUUUUUAGUGGAAGUGGUUAAAAACUCCUUGCUUCUCAUAAAGAUCAAAGAGUGAGACAGGGAUUAGGAAAAAAAUCUGGGUUGAUAAACUUGACACUGGGAUAUUCAGCAAAUGUCAUCCCUUUCUAAGUAAACUAAAAUAAUGCAGGGAUGAUGUAUAAUACAAGAUUAAUUUGCAUGGACCACUCACCAGAUCUAUUGGGCCUCAUAAUUGCCCAUAUAAACUGAGUGCAUACCAUAGAAUAUACCAAAACACUAAAGGUUACCAAUGCCUCUUCUAAAAAGCUAUUCCUCUUCCUGUUUUUUCUUGCAACAGCUUGAUAAUUUGCCACCCUGGGAGGAAGGGCAGGAUAUAAAUUUAAUAAAUAAAUAGUAAUGGCGAUAAGGUAUAUCUCCAUUCUCUGAAAAGCUCCACUGGCUAGUUGCUGCUGACCAAUCUGCCACUGUUAAAAGCACAAGAGCAGAUCAGGCCAAUCUGGGGGUGACCGGGUAAUUGUACCAACUCAAGGCUGUGGUGGGCAAAUUAUAUUUCGGAAAAGUUUGUCUGCCAUUACUGCUCUCUCUUUCUCAAAAAAAAAACCCCAAACAAAACCCUGAAGAGCUUUGCAGAAACCCAGGGCUCCUUCCAUCAAAUUCCACCUACUUUCCACCUUUUCCUCCUUCAGCCUAAAUCAGAACUGGGCUGGCGUAUGUGGAGUAGUGAUUAAAGGGCCAGACUAGGAAACCCAGGUUCAAAUUCCCAGUCCACUGAGAAGUUCACUGGGUGACUUUGAACAUAAAAAGAGCCUGCUGGAUCAGGCCAGUGGGCCAUCCAGUCCAAUAUCCUGUUCCAACAAUGGCCAACCAGAUGUCCAAGGGAAGCUGCAAGCAGGACCUGAGUAUAAGAGCACUCUCCCCUCCUGCUGUCUCCAGCAACUAGUAUCCGUAAGCAUACAGCCUCCAACUACGGAGGCAGAACAUAGCCACCAUGGCUAGUAGCCACUGAGAGCCUUAUCCUCCAUGAAACCAUAGACUGGUCUCUCAGCCUAACCCACUUCACAGGGUUGUUGUGAGGGUUAAAUAGGAUAGAGGGGGAGCUAUAUAUGCUGCUUUGAGCUCUUAAGAUCUUUUCAAGAUGUGCUGCUAUGUUUUUGUUGGGGGGGAUUUUAUUGUUUUAUCUAGUAUUAUAGGGAGUUUUUUAUUUCAUUGUUUGU